UCUAACUUGAUUGUCUUGUAUCAACUGAAAGAGAAUCGACUCAUAUAGCAAGCACAUCAACACUCUGAGAUUCACACAAUCUCUCUCUUAUUGAUUGUCUUGUAUCAACUGAAAGAGAAUCGACUCAUAUGGCAAGUACAUCAACACUCUGAGAUUCACACAAUCUCUCUCUUAUUGAUUGUCUUGUAUCAACUGAAAAAGAAUCGACUCAUAUAGCAAGUACAUCAACACUCUGAGAUUCACACAAUCUCUCUCUCUCUCUAAGAACCGUAAAGAUUUGCAGGAAAGAGAAAGUAAAAUUGGGGGCAUUAAUGGAGGAUACAAUAAGAAGCGGGAGGCAUGACUUGAAUUUGGCUUCAAGAAAAGCCGAAGAAGCAGCUUGGAGGCGUUUCGAAGCAACUCAGUGGCUAGAUAGCUUAGUUGGACCACUAGGCAUAUCAACUCAACCAACAGAGAGAGAGUUCAUUUCUUGCUUGGGAAAUGGUUUGGUCCUCUGCAAUGUCAUUAACAAGAUCCAACCAGGAUCAAUCCCAAAGGUCGUGGAGAGUAACGCACCCUCACAAUUCCUGACAUGGGAUUCUCAACCAUUGCCUGCUUAUCAGUACUUUGAAAAUGUUCGAAACUUUUUGGUAGCAGUUGAAGAAUUGAAGCUACCUACAUUUGAAGCAUCUGAUCUUGAAAGAGAUAACUUGGAAGUUGGGUCAUCGGCGAAGGUGGUUGAUUGCAUUCUAGCUCUGAGAGGAUACCAUGACUGGAAGCAAUUGAGUGGAGGAAAUGGAUUCUUUAAGCCCACGAGAUCUCCUCUGCUUAUGCAUUCUGCAAAUAGGGUUCACUCACGAGCUUCGGAAGCAAUCUUCUCAGACCCUUGCCAACAAUUAGACAUGUCCAAAGCCUGUGACGACAUUCCACUCACCGAGGGUGGAGUUCAAAAACUUGAAGAUUUGAUUGCCAAGGCCAUUGUUGAAUGUAUGAUUGACAGAAAGGAAAACAUAGAUAAUAAUCUUAUUGCUUCCUUUCGUAGUGGCAAUCUGGUAAUUGUUAAUCCUAUUGAUACGCAAACUUUCCUUUCAUUUCACAUUAAACAAAUUGAACAAUAGCUAGAGCUGAAGUAGUUAUUUUACAGGAUCCGGGCAAG